CUGCAUCAGAGCCAGCUGGAGCUCCAGGAGGCGCGGCUCUCCUCCCGGCAGCUGCAGGUGAAGGUGGAAGAGCUCACCGAGGAGAGGAGCCUGCACAGCUCCGCUACCACCAGCACGUCUCUCCUGUCCGAGAUAGAGCAGAGCAUGGAGGCUGAGGAGCUGGAGCAAGAGAGAGAGCAGCUAAGACUGCAGCUCUGGGAGGCCUACUGCCAGGUUCGCUACCUCUGCUCUCACCUCCGAGGGAACGACAGUGCCGACUCGGCCGUCUCCACGGACUCCUCGAUGGACGAGUCUUCAGAAACUUCAUCCGCCAAGGAUGUGCCGGCUGGCAGCUUGCGCACGGCCCUGAGCGAGCUCAAGAGGCUGAUACAGAGCAUCGUGGAUGGCAUGGAGCCCACGAGCUCCCGGAGAAUUGACGAUGACUCCUUAGAAGAACAGAUAAGGCAGACCAGUGAGGACUCGAGAGCCCUAAGGGAACUCAUGGAGGGAGAGAGGGGUAAACUGAGGCAAAGCCUAGAGGAGCUACAGCAACUCCACAGUCAGGUGACGUUGCUGAGUGUCGAGAUGACUGCCCUGAAGGAGGAGAGAGACCGACUCAGAGUGACGUCCGAGGCCAAGGAGCCAAAGGAGCAGCUUCAGAAGGCCGUCCGGGACCGCGACGAGGCUAUUGCAAAGAAGAAUGCUGUGGAGUUGGAACUCGCCAAGUGCAAGAUGGACAUGAUGUCUCUGAACAGCCAGUUGCUGGAUGCCAUUCAGCAGAAACUGAACCUCUCGCAGCAGCUUGAGGCUUGGCAGGAUGACAUGCACAGGGUCAUUGACCGGCAGCUGAUGGACACGCACCUGAAGGAACGGAGCCGGCCUGCUGCCGCCCUGUCCAGGGCCCCCGGCGCGGGGCGUGCGGACGAGCCCGGCCCCGCCGAAGGCAAGCGGCUCUUCUCAUUCUUCAGGAAAAUUUAGGUCGGGAGGAGUCAGGCCAGCAAGGAUGGGUGGACUAGAGGUGACUGAAACGGGGUGCGUGCGAGGGCCCAGCACACCAUGCUUGCACACGAGGGCUCCCCUGGGCCAGCUCCGCGGCCGCACUGCCCACCCACACUGGGGCCGAGUCGUCCAGAAGGGCCCACGCGGCCUGUGACGGCGGCCCUCCCCUCAACAGAGGGACAGGUAGGAGCCCUGUCCCCACUACCAGGCCGCGCCUGGCCUGGGCUUCCCCCGGAUCCACUGUUGAGCAGGGCUCAGGCUGCCUCCAGAGCGGCCCCUCGGGCUCUGCGGUGCAGACGCGGGGGGGUCACAGCCCGCCCUGCCCACCCCUCGGUGGCUCCCGCGCCCCACCCCAGGCACUGCUGCCCUCCUGUUUGGGAAUACGGGGAACAGAAGGAAUGGAGGCCACCUCCGCAGGCCUCCGGAGGCUGUCGCGGCCCCCAG